AUGGCUAUAACACCCCGCCGAAAACCUUCCCGGAAGGGAUCAAUGGCUGAUAUGCCGAAGGAUGUGCUUGACCAGCUCAAGACGCUGGAAGAGCUCUUCACAGUUGACCAGGCGAAGCUGAAGCAGAUCGUUGAGCAUUUCAUCAAGGAGUUACAGAAGGGAUUUCCCACUGGCCAUGAGAAAGGCACAUUUCUGGCUCUGGACAUGGGGGGCACCAACCUGCGCGUCUGCGAAAUUGAGCUCUCCGAAGAGAAGGGAGAGUUCGAUGUUACACAGUCCAAGUAUCGAAUCCCCGAAGAGCUCAAGAGCGGCGAAUCAUCAGAACUAUGGGAAUAUAUUGCCGACUGUGUGCAGCAGUUUAUGGAAUACUACCAUGACGGUUGCACGGCUUUGCCAGACCUGCCGCUGGGCUUUACCUUUUCAUACCCUGCUACUCAAGAAUAUGUUGACCAUGGUGUCCUACAGAGAUGGACCAAGGGCUUUGAUAUUGACGGCGUCGAGGGCAAAGACGUCGUCCCAAUGUUAGAAGAAGCUUUGGCUAAGAAGGUUAAAAAUUCAGCCCCUUUCCCAUUUUUCUUUGGCUAUAUGGUGCUAAUUACUUUACAGGGUCUCCCCAUUAAAGUUGCCGCUCUAGUAAACGACACGACUGGCACACUUAUUGCUUCCGCCUACACUGACCCAGAGAUGAAAAUCGGCUGUAUCUUCGGCACAGGCGUCAACGCCGCCUACAUGGAAAACGCCGGCUCUAUCCCGAAAAUAGCCCACUACAAUUUACCUCCCGACACCCCAGUCGCUAUCAACUGCGAAUACGGCGCCUUCGACAACGAACUCAUUGUCCUCCCCCGAACGCAGUAUGACGUAAUCAUUGACCGCGACUCACCCCGACCAGGCCAACAAGCCUUCGAAAAAAUGACAGCAGGUCUCUACCUCGGCGAGAUCUUCCGACUAGUCCUCCUCGACCUCUACGACAACAAGGGAAAGCUUAUAUUUGCUAACCAGGACGUCUCCCAACUACGUAAACCAUACUCCCUGGACUCCUCCUUCCUAGCCUUCAUCGAAGAAGAUCCCUUCGAGAACCUGUCAGAAACGCGAGAUCUCUUCGAACGCACCCUGGGGAUCUACGCAUUGCCCUCGGAGCUAGAAUUUUGCAGACGCCUGGCGGAAUUGAUCGGCACACGUGCCGCGCGCCUCUCCGCUUGCGGUGUUGCGGCCAUCUGCAAGAAGAAAAAUAUCACCCAUUGCCAUGUCGGGGCGGACGGGUCAGUGUUCGAGAAGUACCCGCAUUUCAAGGCCAGGGGCGCCAAAGCCCUGCGGGAGAUCCUUGACUGGCCAGAUAGUGAACCGGAUCGGGUUGUGAUGAGCGGAGCGGAGGAUGGGUCUGGCGUCGGUGCGGCACUUAUUGCGGCUUUGACGCUUGAGAGGGUUAAACAAGGUAAUUUGGUGGGGAUUAGGAAUAAGGACUCAAUUAAGAAAAUGUGUUAGGGGCUGGGCGGUUGUCUUGUGAUUGUUGUACAAGGAUGGAGAAGACAAACAAAAAGAGUGGCCAAUGAUGUAUCAGAGUCAGUAUACGGAGUAUAUAGACCAGUUUCUAUUUCCCUUUCGUUAACUCGUCUUUUUUUAUUAGCUUCUUGGGAAUGGAAGUACAUCGGAAGCGGUCUGUCUUAAAUCUAAAAAAUAUGUUCCUCCCUUUCUCG